CGUAGUAUUGAUGAUGUGAGAACCGUUAGAGAAAAAAAGGCUAAGGAAAAAAAGCUGGGAAGGAUGGAGGGAUUCCGUGCGAAGAUACCUCACCGUUCCUUUCGCCGUCUUUUUCUUUCGGCGCUCUCUUUCUUUUUUCCCCUACGAUCCGCUUUCCCCUGUGCCUUGCAUGAAGCGAGGCGGUCGCUCGGGUCGAUCUGUCAGGACUCAGAAAUCUCAUCGACUUUUAUAUCUAAAGCCCUUCUUCCCGGCAACAUGGCACCCUUUUACAGCUGAGCGGUUCUGAGCAAAAGAGGAAAGAACACAAGAAAGAAAGAUUAUGAUAAUAAUCCUGCCCUCACCCGCGCUCAACCGUUACGUCACUUCUUUUGAAUGAUUAUGUUUAUGAUGAUGAUAUAAUGAUGAAUAUGGUCAUAUCGUCCUUCCUUUGAAUUGAGUUUUACGCCCGUUUGGAUCUGUCCUUCCUUUCAUCUGGAUCCGAAGUUACGAAAAAAAGUCGAUCGUCUAGAACGUCGUAUAUAUACACACACACCUGCUACACAACAGCUUGAUAACCGAAACCCUAACCCUCCUUACGAAUCCGACAUAUAGACAUCUCGACUCAACGAGAUUUAUACAAACCUAUACACCUAAUAUUAUAUAUUGUAAUUCGAAUCAACGAAUUUACACUCAUCGAGUGACUCUGGAGAGCCGAUCAGAGAGUUACGCGUUAUCCGCCGCCAAGAUGUCGGGCGAGGCGACGAAGGGGAAGAUGAAGAGCCUCGAACUGUCCGCGCUCCCGAGAUUGACCGUGCCGUGUCAGAACCGCACCAACGGCGCGUCAAAUAGUUUUCUCGCCGGACCUCAUGCCCUUACCGUCGACUUCCAGUAUCUUAGUGGAGACGGUGUCUCACCCUGCUCGGAGAUCACAGCGUCGUCCAGAUGCAGUGUCGUCUCGCUUUCUCCGUCACUCUUUCCGCUACCGCCCGGUGCCACACCGCCCACAACCGCGCACUCUUCAUGCUUAGAUUCACCGCCGCGAACAUCGCGGUCUCAAAAAUCCGUGAACUCGUGGUUUUCUCCUCCAUCACCGCCUCCUACAACGCCUCUACCGCCAACCCCCACUCAAAUGAAGUUGGCCAGCCUCAUCGCUGCCACAAACGGUCUUGAGAGUAUCCAGGUACCCGCAGGCGCCAAAAUCAAGGGCCCAGCCAUAGAAGGACCCGAGCUCAUCCCGUCACAUCCAUUGGAAGCACCCAUGACACCGCCUCGGACGCGACAACGUUCUUACACCGUCGACUCCAGAGGAUUCCGUGAAUCGGCAGUAGAUCCAGAUGCACCGCUUUCACCUCCACCAUCUUCACUCCCGCCCCCGUACUCGCCGGGGAUGUGCACACCAGAACGAUUCAGCAAUACCAGCAGCAUACCGAAUUCACGCGUGGAUUCGACAACACCGCUGGUAUACAAUCCAACAGAUCCUCUCGGCACGCCUCCCCGCAGCCCGGCGGCGGAGAGUGAUAGGAAAAAGAAAAGGCGCUGUUGCAUAAAUUUGGAAGGGCCGACGAAUUGGCAGACGGCUCCUAAGCGGAGGAAAAGGAAGAUCAUGAUGACAGCCAUAGGGGCCGCGGGCGCGGCCUUGAUGAUGAUCGUCGCGGGAAUCGCCGUCGGGGUAUAUAUCGCGGUGACGGGUUCGGCGGCAUUAUAGCCUUAACGAUGACCUCUCGCAAUACGAGGGGCUUUAUGAUAUAUUAUGAUACACCUUAUGAAGGAAACAAAAGAAAGAAAGAAAAAAGAAUGGAAGGUGAGGUAGAUGUAUGUGCGAUGAGGUAGGUGUGCGUUUGUUUGUGUGUAAGUAUACAAUUGUAUGUAUGUACCUAGCCGACGAGGCCGCGCGCGAUGGGCCUUGGGUAAGAUAGACACCGUGUGUACGCACACCUUUGGGAGACUCGUCUCGCGACGAGCUGAUGUAAGUUAUACCUCGGAAUAUAAUGCCUCCACCUACCUGAGAUGUUUCUACUGGUUUUUUGUGAUAUCGGUCUAGGUAUGUAUCUACACACCAAGAGCGACGGUGAGGUGGGUGAAGGAUUUAACUUUGGUCAUUCGCCAGUUACUCACCGGUUAUUCGUCAAUGUUGGUUCUAGAAUAGGGGGGAUGGAUUUAGCGGCAGACGCUAAGGAUCUGGUCGACGGGAGCUAAACUGAGGUCGUCGAAGCAGGUGCAUCCUAUCAGGACCGAUCCGCGACGUCCCGUUCUGGAAUAUGCAACCCCGGGUGGGGUCCGCCACUAAAAUUUAACGCCGACCACAUCCGGACUUUGCUUGCCGUCGGAUUCUCCUUCCUUCCGA